ACCUGUAUAUUAUGUUCGUCGUUGGGGAGAGACGAGAUGGAUCAGUUCUCAUUCAGCCGAUUUGAAAACUCUUCAGCCGCUUCUUUUGCUUCUGCUGUUAAAAUAUACCUAGGUGCCCUCAUACGUCCGUCAUUAUUUUCUUCUCUUGCGUCAAAGACGCGAGAGACUUGCGCGCCUCAGAGCUGGCUGCCAAACUGAGCUGGUAAUCAUAGAUGUUUUGCAGGUGUGCAGGUGGAUUUAUAGGAAAGGCGUAACUGCCCAACUUUUGACUCCGCAGUAGCAUCAGUUAAAGUUUAAUGCAAAGGAGGAGCUUUCUCAGCCUGGUAAUCUGUUCUAACGACUACCUCUCACUUUUCCGCGCUAAUAAGUUAUUGUUGUAGAUUGGCAGCAGUGUUAGGCGCUCCUAAAUCUAUUGACACCGUUCUGCAGAAUUUCACACUGUAUGGCUGAUACCUCUACCUAUGAAAUAAAUAAAACUAAUUUUCAACUAAACUGUGGUCCCGAUGGUCUGCUUUUACAGCCGACUAGUCCGACAGUCUGCAUCUAAAAAUUGUCACAGCCGUCUUUGUUGAGCCAAUAAACACGAGUUGAUUUCAUCAAGUGACGGGAUGCAGCUCGUAGCGGCGGGAAGUUCCGAUUCAGUGCGCUGAAGGCAACGGGAGGAAGGAGGAGGGUUUUUCUUGGCAACCAAGAAUAAUCCAUCAUAGAGAGGGGAAGCUGACAAGUCAGAUCAGCAACAAAAUAAAGAGACAGAAAAAAGAAAAAAAAGGCAUGAUUUAUCUAUCCAUGAUAGAGACUGAAAAAUAGAGUGACAGCGAUAGUUGUCUAAAGACGGGGUUUGAGCUGCCCGUAGAAAUCACUGGAAAAAUCCAGUAUUUUACCGUAGCUGUGGCUGGGAAGCAGGUGUUCCCAUACAAAGCAAAAGGCUGCUUUCACUUCCGCCCCGAGGAAGAUUUUAAAAAUGGCUUCUAGCAGCAAGCCGGAAAUUCCCAAUUCAGACAACGAGACGGCUCACUCCGCUCUGUCAUUACAAGCCUGCGAUCACGACCACACGUACAGGAACUUCCGGUUCUGCUCUUUCCUACGAUGCCCCGAACGGUUGCGCCGUCUCCAUGGGAACGGACGAUGGCGGCUGGAGGUUUGAGGUCUCAGCGUUAAGGAGCUAUGAGUGAUUGCACUGGAGGAAAAACCUUUCAUUGCUGUGUGGUGUGAGCACGAGCUGGCAGUGUCAUCUGGGAUGCAGACACUGAGGUCCUGCAACUCUAGGCAAGGAAGAUGCUCCAGACCAGCAACUAUAGCCUGGUGCUCUCCUUGCAGUUCUUACUGCUCUCCUAUGACCUCUUUGUCAACUCCUUCUCUGAGCUGCUGCGCAUGGCCCCUGUUAUCCAGCUUGUGCUCUUUAUCAUUCAGGAUAUUGCCAUCCUCUUCAAUGUCAUCAUCAUCUUCCUCAUGUUCUUCAAUACCUUCGUCUUCCAGGCUGGCCUGGUUAAUCUUCUGUUCCAGAAACUUAAAGGAACCAUUGUCCUGUCAGCAGCAUACCUUGCUUUGAGCAUAUCCUUCCACAUCUGGGUCAUGAACCUUCGCUGGAAAAAUUCCAACUACUUUGUGUGGACAGAUGGGCUGCAGACCCUCUUUGUUUUCCAGAGAUUGGGGACAGUGGUGAAGUUUCCUUGAACAUGGUAGAAGCAAUAAAGUAUGUACAGAUGAGAAUCUUAUUGGCUCUGAUGUGU